GAUGAUGUGCGCGCCGCUCUGACUGCUUGAACGCGCAAGCCUCACCGCACGCUCUGCAGGGCUCGAGUCUUGAUUUAGCUGAGGGAUUAUUGGGGAUUGCGCGUUGAUCUAGGUCGAAGCUUAUGAUGAAUGCGCAGCUGAUCAGAGCGAACUUGAGUCACCUUCACCCACCAUUUUGACUGUCCCGAGUUUCUCGUCCCAUCGACCACCACCACCAUCGCCUUCACUCUGUGCCAGUGAUUAUUCUUUGUGAAAUAGUCUCUCCGCUCGAAGGGACUUCGAUCUGCACUUGCUUGCAUACCUCCCUGACUGCUCGCUCCCCAAAGUUCUCUCAGCCGAUCGGCAGUCACUCCAGUAGCUUCGACAUCAUGGCGUCUGAGCAACCAGGAGCGCCCAUUGGCGACGAUAAGCCCGUCAUUCCACCGCCUGCUGCCAACAACGACGGCACAGGUGGCGACGAAACCGCCACUGCAAUCUUGCGCCAGAAGAAAUCUCCGAACAGACUCUUCGUCGAUGAGGCCACCACCGAUGACAACUCCGUGGCUUGCUUCUCUGCAGCCAAGAUGGAAGAGCUUGGUCUAUUCCGGGGUGACACCGUCCUUCUGCGCGGAAAGAAGCGCCGAGACACCGUCUUGAUCUGCUUGACGGCAGAUGACACCGAGGACAGCAAGAUUCGUCUGAACAAGGUCGCUAGGAACAACUUGCGCGUCAAGCUCGGCGACUUGGUCACCGUACAUGCGUGCCACGAUAUUAAGUACGGCAAGCGCAUUCACGUCUUGCCCUUCGACGACAGCGUCGAGGGUCUCACUGGCAAUAUCUUCGAUGUCUACCUCAAGCCAUACUUCCUCGAGGCAUAUCGCCCAGUCCGCAAGGGCGACACUUUCACUGUUCGUGGCGGCAUGCGCGCUGUUGAGUUCAAGGUCAUUGAGACGGAUCCUGCAGAAUUCUGCAUCGUCGCGCAAGACACUGUAAUCCACACGGAGGGAGAUCCUGUCAAGCGUGAAGACGAGGAAGCAAAUUUGGCAGAUGUAGGCUACGACGAUAUCGGAGGUUGCAGGAAGCAGAUGGCUCAGAUUCGCGAAAUGGUAGAAUUGCCUCUCCGACACCCUCAGCUCUUCAAGGCUAUCGGUAUCAAGCCGCCCCGAGGAGUUCUCAUGUACGGCCCUCCCGGUACCGGUAAGACCCUCAUGGCGCGAGCUGUGGCGAACGAAACAGGCGCUUUCUUCUUCCUGAUCAACGGACCAGAGAUCAUGAGUAAGAUGGCUGGAGAAUCUGAAUCCAAUCUGAGAAAGGCAUUUGAGGAGGCGGAGAAGAACUCGCCUGCAAUCAUCUUCAUCGAUGAGAUCGACUCAAUCGCGCCAAAGCGAGAGAAGACCAAUGGAGAGGUCGAGCGUCGUGUAGUUUCCCAGCUUUUGACUCUCAUGGACGGUCUCAAAGCGCGUUCCAACAUUGUUGUCAUGGCCGCGACGAACCGGCCCAACUCCAUCGACCCGGCACUUCGCCGGUUCGGGCGCUUCGACCGCGAGGUCGACAUCGGCAUCCCUGACCCCACCGGACGUCUCGAGAUCCUUCGCAUCCACACGAAGAACAUGAAGCUGGGCGACGAUGUGGAUCUUGAACAAAUAGCAGCCGACACUCACGGCUAUGUGGGCAGCGACAUGGCAAGCUUGUGCUCCGAAGCUGCGAUGCAGCAGAUUCGUGAGAAGAUGGAUCUGAUCGACCUCGACGAGGACACGAUCGAUGCUGAGGUGCUUGACAGCCUUGGCGUCACGAUGGAGAACUUCCGCUUCGCCCUUGGCGUCUCAAACCCUUCGGCUCUGCGCGAGACUGUGGUGGAAGUCCCCACUGUCACAUGGAAAGACAUUGGUGGUCUGGAGAAGGUCAAGCAGGAGCUGCAAGAGACAGUGUCCUACCCUGUCGAACACCCAGAAAAGUUCCUCAAGUAUGGAAUGUCUCCAUCCAAGGGUGUACUCUUCUACGGCCCCCCAGGUACUGGUAAGACGAUGCUUGCGAAGGCUAUUGCCAACGAAUGCCAGGCCAACUUCAUCUCGAUCAAGGGCCCAGAACUCCUUACAAUGUGGUUCGGAGAAAGCGAGGCCAACGUCCGUGAUGUCUUCGACAAGGCACGUGCUGCAGCUCCCUGUGUCAUGUUCUUCGACGAGCUGGACGCCAUUGCGAAGAGCCGUGGUGGUUCAAAUGGCGACGCCGGUGGCGCUGGCGACCGAGUCAUCAACCAGAUCUUGACAGAGAUGGACGGUAUGAACGCGAAGAAGAACGUUUUCGUGAUCGGCGCUACAAACAGACCCGACCAGAUCGACUCCGCCAUCUUGCGUCCUGGGCGUCUCGACCAGCUAAUCUAUAUUCCGCUGCCUGACGAGACGAGUCGUCUUUCUAUUCUUUCCGCCACUCUCAAGAAGUCGCCGGUGGCCCCCAGCGUCGAUCUCAACUACCUCGCAAAACACACCCACGGCUUCUCUGGAGCUGAUCUGGCCGAGAUCUGCCAGCGCGCUGCCAAGCUGGCAAUCCGUCAAAGUAUCGAGGCUGACAUCAGACAAGCACGCGAGCGAGAGGAGAAGAGAUUGGCAGAGGGCGGAGCACCCGCCGACGACAUCAAGAUGGAGACCGAUGCGGCCGUAGAAGAAGAGGCUGGCAUCGACGAGGUGCCUGAAAUCACCGUCGAUCACUUCGAAGAGGCCAUGAAGUUCGCUCGUCGCUCAGUUUCAGAUCAGGACAUCAGAAGGUACGAGAUGUUCGCUCAGAACCUGCAACAAUCUCGUGGUCUAGGAUCGGGUUUCAAAUUCCCUGAUGAGGGUGGUGCAGGUCGUCAAGAAUCUGGUGGCGCUCAAUUCGGCGCGGAUGGCGAUGAUGAUGACCUCUACGCGUAGUAGCGCCUAGUCCUUCUAGACUUUCUUCGCACGACAUUCACUGGCUGCUCGCCCUGCUAUUCAAAAACACUCUGUCAGGUUACUCUUGUUGAUCAUGGUUCCCGAAAUCGAACGCAAAGACGCGCUGUAUUGAAUGAAUCUGGGGCCUCCACGUGUGUGGCAAGACGUCAAUUCGGUCAUCACUUCAAUACGUCUGUCGAAAUUGAGGAUGAAAGCAGAGUUGGCGUGUGGCCGUAGCAGGGAAAGACGUGGAUGCUCUCAAGGUGCCCUCGUAAAAAUAGACCUUGAGGCACAGCUGGCGAGUCUUCAUCUCGUCGGAUAAUGCUCCACGCCCCCUUCAUAGCAUGGCGUGAGCUCCGGCUGCUUCACGCACAACGUCAUCUCCGACAUUCAUGCGUUGUGGUUUGCGCAUGCACUCUCAGACUACGAAAGCCACUAGCACCUGCUGCAAAGCGUC